AUGGGGAAGACUGGCCAGAGUACAGUGGUGUUAAACUCCCCAACUGAGGUCAAACAAGCAGUUCCAUUUGAGGAAUUGAAUAAUGUGGCGCCCCCUGCAGAUGAAAAGAAGAAUAAACACGAGCUACCUGACCGAGGUGGCUGGAAGGGUAAAUUUGAUUUCCUGCUGUCAUGUGUGGGAUACGCCAUCGGCUUAGGAAAUGUGUGGAGGUUUCCUUACCUUUGUGGCAAGAACGGUGGAGGUGUUGGUCUGGCUGCAGUGGUCCUAUCCUUCUGGCUGAACAUCUAUUACAUCAUCAUCAUUGCUUGGGCGCUCUACUACUUAUUCAACUCCUUCACUUCGAAGCUGCCGUGGCAAAGCUGUGACAACCCCUGGAACACUGACAAAUGUUUCUCCAACUACACUCUGACAGACAUGUCCAACCUGACCAGUGCUGUCACCGAAUUCUGGGAGCGUAACAUGCAUCAAUUGUCCAGUGGUCUGGAGGAACCUGGGAAGCUUCGGUGGCCUUUAGUGGGGACUUUGGCAAUUGCCUGGGUGCUGGUCUACUUCUCGAUUUGGAAAGGAGUAGAAUGGACGGGGAAGGUGGUGUACUUCUCUGCGACUUAUCCCUACUUAAUGCUCUUGAUCCUGUUUUUCCGAGGGGUAUCUCUUCCCGGGGCUGUUGAUGGAAUUCUCUUCUAUAUUACCCCAGACUUCAAGAAGCUCAUCAGAUCGGAGGUGUGGCUGGAUGCAGCAACUCAAAUCUUCUUUUCUUAUGGACUAGGCCUGGGAUCGCUCAUUGCAUUGGGAAGCUACAACACUUAUAACAAUGAUGUCUACAAGGACUCCAUCAUCGUGUGCUGCAUCAACUCCUGCACCAGCAUGUUUGCAGGAUUUGUCAUUUUUUCUGUCAUAGGCUUCAUGUCCUACAUCACUAAGAAACCCGUCCACGAACUGGCAGCAUCAGGUCCUGGUUUAGCAUUUUUAGCCUAUCCUGAAGCAGUCACCCAGUUGCCCAUGUCUUCACUGUGGGCUGUCCUCUUCUUCUCCAUGCUCCUGAUGUUGGGCCUCGACAGUCAGUUCUGCACGGUGGAAGGUUUCAUCACGGCUCUGGUAGAUGAAUAUCCCAUGAUGUUGAGGAGGAGGAAGGUCUUUAUCCUAAUUGUUUGCUUUAUCUCCUUCAUCAUCGGCUUCUCCAACAUCACACAGGGUGGCCUGUAUGUGUUCAAGCUAUUUGAUUACUACUCCGCCAGCGGGAUGUGCCUGCUCUUCCUCGUCUUCUUUGAGACUGUUUCCAUCUCCUGGUUUUAUGGAGCUGAAAGAUUUUAUAAGAACAUUGAGGAUAUGAUCGGCUAUCGGCCGUGUGGCUGGUGGAAGCUGUGCUGGCGCUUCUUCACUCCGUUCAUCUGUCUGGGGGUGUUUAUCUUCAGUGCCAUUGAGAUGACCCCUCUCACUCUGGGGAAGUAUGUCUACCCACUAUGGGGCCAAGUGAUUGGCUGGUUCAUGUCAUUGUCUUCCAUGGUACUGAUUCCUGGUUAUGCCAUCUACAUGUUCUGCACCACGAAGGGCAGCAUCAAACAGCGUUGGAGGGAGAUGACUGCUGCCCGGGAGGAUGAAAAACCAUCAGGGCAUGAAGGAUUCACUCACACGGGGAGCGUGGGCGAAGCUCACGUCUAGCCAGGGCUCCUCUCGCCAAAAUAAUCUACCUGCUGUUUUCCCCUCGGU